UUUCCAGUUGGAAUUUUUUCAGCCUCAGCGACAGUUGCAGUUUUAAUCCAGGCCAAUUUCCGAACGAAUAUAUCAGCAAAAUGUCUGGCAAAGAUAGGCUACCAAUUUUUCCCUCCCGUGGCGCCCAGAUGUUGAUGAAGGCCCGCCUGGCGGGCGCGCAAAAGGGCCACGGACUGCUGAAGAAGAAGGCUGACGCCCUGCAGAUGCGAUUCCGCAUGAUUCUGGGCAAAAUCAUCGAGACGAAGACCCUGAUGGGCGACGUUAUGAAAGAGGCGGCGUUCUCGCUGGCGGAGGCCAAGUUUACCUCGGGCGACAUCAACCAGGUGGUGCUCCAGAACGUGACCAAGGCACAGAUUAAGAUCCGCACUAAGAAGGACAACGUAGCUGGCGUUACCCUGCCCGUCUUCGAGUCGUACCAGGACGGAGCGGACACCUACGAGCUGGCCGGCCUGGCCCGCGGUGGACAGCAGCUGGCCAAGCUGAAGAAGAACUACCAGAGCGCCGUCAAGCUGCUCGUGGAGCUGGCCUCGCUGCAGACGUCGUUCGUGACCCUGGACGAGGUAAUCAAAAUCACCAAUCGCCGUGUGAACGCCAUUGAGCAUGUCAUCAUCCCGAGAAUCGACCGCACGCUGGCCUACAUCAUCUCCGAGCUGGACGAGCUGGAGCGUGAGGAGUUCUAUCGGCUGAAGAAGAUCCAGGACAAGAAGCGCGAGGCCAGGCAAAAGGCUGAUGCCAAGAAGGCGGAGCUCCUCCAGCAGGGCAUUGAUGUGCGCGAGCAGGCCAACAUCCUGGAUGAGGGCGACGACGAUGUUCUGUUCUAAGUAUUAUCUUGUCCGGUUUAUUUGGAUGUUUAUUCCAGCCAGCAAUAUUAUUGUUAAACUAUUGUUCUGUAUCUGUUUCCAUAUUUUAAUUCGCAAAGGCAAGCCACAAAACUUAUUCGCCGUAGCAAAAUGUGUGUGUAGUCUAUUCCAAUAAGCUGAAAAAGUAUGUAUUCCAUUUUGUAGUGUAGUGUAAGCUGCGCAAAUCAUGCAUUAAAGUCUUGUUGUUUCAUACAAAA